AUGGCGGGCACCUCAAUCCAGGUCCCGACAAUCAGUCAGGCUGAUAUGCUUGCCUUCCACGAACAACAUUUCGCUCAAUUCGCGACAGCUCACUUCCACUCCCAAUUCCUCCGACCUUCCCUCGAUGACCAGGAACCCAUCCCAUCCCAUGAACAAGAAGAAGAAUACUAUUACGAGGAAGAAGAGGACGAUGGACUCGGCUACUAUCCCGACGGCGUCAAGCGCACCCUGACCGACGAGCAAAUCGCCAUCUUCAGGCACUCGGAGCUUGAGGCUCUGCGUCGCGGCAGACAGCCUCCCAAGCCGCAAGGGGUCACCGCUACACUGGCCGAAGACCUCUCCGAAGGCGAGAUAUCAUCGCCGGCGCCAGUCGUCACCGCAAAAAAGAACAAGAAGCGGAAACGCAACAACAAGAACAAGAAUGUCGGAGAGCCGCCGAUGGAUCUGCGCAAGCGAACAUGGGACGUGGUAGACAAGGGCCUUGCCAGCCUCGACUACGGUGAAGAAGAAACCCAGCAGCCAGCACAAGCCAGCACAGCACAGCGUCCCAUCCAGUCUCUCACUCUUCACCAAGUCAGCCAGUCGCUCGACACGCCAAACAAUGACAAUGAAAAUAAAACAAAAAACAACGAAGAAUACGGGGAAGAGGUGUUGGACAUGAAGGAAUACGAGAAGUGGAAUGUCAAAAAGGAUACGAGAAUUGGUGGAGAAAGCCAAAGGAAUACGAGAAGCAGCGGUGUUGGAGGCGUUGAGGUGAUGAAGAGAAAAGGUGACGAGGAGAAGUGUUGAGAAGAGAGAAGCGAUGAAGGGGAGAGGCGAUGAGGAGACAUGACGAGA